CAAAAGGACAACUGCUGGUUAUUUCCGUAAAUGACUCCACAACUAAUAAUAUCAUAACACGUACAGUAUUUUAUUUUGAUGACUUAGAACAAUAAUAGCAUAAAGAUGAAAUGGUUUGAAGGACAAAUCGCACAGGCAGUUCAAACAUCCAAGGCGAAGAAAUCUGUUUUCAUAGUGUACAUCUCUGGUGAAAAUAAAGAUUCAGAAGAAGUAUCUAAAGCUAUAGAGGAUAAGAGGGUAGAAGAUGUGUGUGAAAAGGGAGAUUGUGUGGCAGUAAAAAUAAAAGCAAACAGUGCUGACUGUGGAUUUUUUUCCCAAAUUUAUCCAGUAGUAGUUGUGCCAUCAAUAUUUUUUAUUGGAGAAAAUGGAGUUCCGCUAGAAGUGACUGGAGGUGCUAUAAAUACAGAUGAUUUAGUUAAGAAAAUAUCUUCAGUUAUUGAGCUAAAUAAAAGUAAAAUUCAGUCAAAUCCGACAACACCAGCUCAAGGAGAUGGUGAUGUGUCACAAGCAUCAUCUGUCACAGAGCCAGUUACACCAGAUGAUGCUUUACCAUCAACAAGUAGUUCACAAGUCUCUAGUCCACUACCUACACCAGAAGAACUGAAAAGACGAGUGGAAAAGGCUGAGGAAAUCAUAGAAAGAAAGAGAGAAGAAAAGAUUAAGAAGGAAUAUGAGGAUGCUAGACGAAAAGAGGAAGAAAAAAGACAACUGGGUAAAGAUGUACAGAAAUUACGACAAUUUCAGAAAGAAAGAGAAAUAUUAGAUGUUCAGAAACAAUUAAAAAAGGAAAAGGAAGAAGACAAAAUAGCUAGACAAAAAAUAAAAGAACAGAUUGCUAGAGACAGAGCUGACAGAGCAGCAAAAUUUAACAAAGAAAAGAAAGAGGAAGAAACAACAUUAAGUGAAGCUAAAAAGGCCAAAUUACAAGCUGAACAGAGGAUAAAAGAAAAAGCUGAAGCAAAGCGAAGUGAAAGUGCAAGAAUCCAGUUCCGAUUACCAGAUGGAUCAUCUGUACCACAAACAUUUCCUUCUAGUGAAACAUUACAAACAGUAUAUAAUUUUAUUUCUCAGCAUAUUGGUGAAGAGGUAGUUUUAUCUACAACAUUUCCUAGAAGAACAUUUAAUGAGUCUGAUUUAACUCAAACAUUAAUUACUCUACAGUUAGCCCCUUCGGCUGUUGUCAUGGUUGUUCCGAGAAGACGAACAACAGCAGUUCAGAGUCGUUCAGCGGGAUCAAGUGAUUUUAUAUCUCUAUUGUUGGCACCAUUCAUGUUUAUUCUUACUUUAUUACGAUCUUUGUUUGCUGGUUCUUCAUCGUCAUCGUCCCAGCCUUCAUCAUCUACUGCCUCUUCUCAACCAUCAUCAUCAUCAUCGUCGUCAUCAGCUACAGGAGGAGACAGACAAUCUAAUCAAGCUUUCAAACGACAGACAGAUGGAAAUAUUCGAAGAUUUAGAAAUGCCCAGGAUGAUGAUGAUGAAAAUGCUACAUGGAAUGGUAACUCAACACAGCAGAUGUAAACUGUGUCCAUCUAUACAAUCUAUAUUGUUAAUAUAAAUAAUUGUUGAUUAUAUUUCAAACUGAUAAACUCUUAUUUUAUCCUAUUCUACAUGCCUCAUAUCUGGUGUGGUCAUCCGUUCUUUCAACAUAAAUUGUAGUUAUAAGUAAAAGUACGCAUAUAUAGGCAGAAUGGACGCAUAGAUGAAUGUAGAAACAGUCAUUUUGAUUUGAUAUUCUGCUGAUGAUUGAUCAAUUAUUAUGCAAAAAAAACAAAACAUAGAGCUUGUAGAAUGUACUGUAAAUAUGAAUGGAGAGUAGUAUUUUAAUUGAGAAUUCUAAUGUUAUAAAGUAUGAUAAAUUUAAAAACGAUGUAUUUCAAUUAUGUUUGCUUGGAAAUUAAAAUAGCUUGUUUUACAUCAGAAUAUUUUUGCUUACUUGGUAAUAUAAACAACAUUUACCCCAUUCUGUGGAUUUGACAAAGAAUUGUGUGAUUUUAAGUAAUUGUGGGGGAGGGGGGUAAAAUGAUGUCUAUAAAGUCUUCAUCCCAUUGUUUAUGUAAUUCUUUGUUAAUUGUAAUUAUUCAAGAUAUUUAUAAAUAAUUUGUAUAAAAUAUUUUUUAUUAUUAAAUCCUCUGAUAUUCUCAGUGUUAUCUGAAUGCUUUAAGGGAAAAUAAUAACCAUUACAUAUAAUAAUAUUUAAUUUCAUGUACAUGAUAUUGAAUUAGGAACUAUUUCUUUCAAUUUAUAUAUCUGGUAAUAAUGCAGGUGAAAGUUAGCAAACAGUGAUCAAUCUUGCCAUAUCCUAACAAAAAAGAAUUUUAAGCAAGCAACUUGUCCCUUGAGCAGAAAUAUUUUAGUAUGCAUUAUUUGUCUGUGAUACAUCUUUCACUAUUCUUACCAAAUAUAUAAUAUAAACAUCCCAUGGAAUAUAUUAAAUGAGGGAUCUGAUUGUCUUAAAACCACUGAUCUUCAAAUGUGUAUAGAAUUUCUCCUAUAUCCACUGAUGGUCAUUUGAGGGAUUUUUAAAAAUAUUGUGAAAGCCUGAUUACAGGAGUUACAAAGAUAUGAUGAAUUUCCAACAUUUGGCAGAUGAUAUAAAAAUCCAGCACCACUUUUAAGUGUUGGGUAAAAUCUUUUGAUGGGCAUCUUUAUAAAUGAUUGAAUCUGAUCUUAAUUAAAUGAUAAAUUAUCAACUUUAAGCUGUGAAAAAUGAGAUAUUGUCUGAAAAUACUUAUGUCCAUCAGUGGAUGCAAUUUAGUGUAGAUUAAGAUCUAUGUAAAAAUAAUUUGGUUUGGCAAAAGGGAUAACCACUGUGCUGGGCAUAAUAGUGUGCAAUGUAAAUUCUUGUUAUAAAAUAAAAGAAAGAUUAUAAA